AUGCACUCUGUAGGUGAAGAUGAGCCCGAUUGGGCCAAGGAGGGAGCUAGGAGGUGGGUCUCUCCAGAUUCAAGGCGGGGGAUUGGUCUUGUAGAGGACAGCAAGUACGUAGGCGAUUACGACGUGUGGAAGACAGGGAUAUCAGAUGAGUUUUCCACACUGACUGCUGACGAGGUGUGUGUGUUAUUCUGUUUUCUGUGUUCUGACUCCGGUCCUCCUGACCUUACUGACACAGAGUGGCUGGACUUGCUUAAUGAGAUACGACAGUUAGUGAACCAUGAAUUUAAUUUAGUAACACGUGAGGAAGCACAGCAGACUCUGGACAGACUGAAGUCACGUGAUUUCCUCUGGGAAGAUCGGGACAAGAUAACGAAGGACACAAAGGAUGAGACAAUGUAUAGGAUAACUUCAAUACACAGUUUUAUACCAUUCUAUUACAGUAGUUAUGACACAGCCAGUGUGUACCUGAGAUCACAGAGAUACAACAGAAAACCUGGAGAGAAGUGUGGCAUUAGUAGUUUUAGUUACUGUGAUUCCUUACUGAUACUCCGUCUACAGAUGAACAUUCUGACUCACGUCACCAUGGAGGACACCAGUAUAUAUGAUAAAAUAUACCAGAUAUUGAAUAUUCCAUACAAUAUACUGAACGAGGAUGAGGAUAAAAGGAAACAAUUACUAAUGGAUCUAAGAAGAGGAGGGGAGGCUGUACAUUACAGAGGAAGAUCACAUGACAGUGUAGAUCACGUGACGUGGCUCUGGAGAUACGGGAUAGAAGCGAGACCUGACAUCGUGGUAUCCUGUAUAGGUCUACAUCCACAUAAUGAUAUCUACAUCAUUGACAACAGACCUUACAGAAAACCAAGUGAACUUCUUAACAAUCCACCGGAUGUCAGGUGUCUACUGUAUUCUCUGCUGUUAACUGAGAAAUAUCAGCUGAAUCUCAGUGAACAAUCACACAGAGUCAUAAGGGACAAAAUCAGAGACAGAUAUUUUCCUGAUGUUACUGAUGACGGCUUAGUUCAUUUUCCUGAAGGAUUCACAGAAACACAUAAUGGUAUGAUAACCUUUAUAUCAGACGAUAUCCGACAUGACGUCAUGUACGCCUUUGUUACGGAGUGUCUGGUGGAGGACAGUGAUCUGGAGUUCUUCCUGACCACGGCGUCACGUGACGUGAUAUCAGAAUACUGCCGGUCCUGGGAUUAUGAGAGGAGUGAGGGAGAGAGAUGUCUGUAUGUUCCGGACAGACCGGAGAUGUACGACCUCUUUAUAGAUAAACUACAGCUGGACAUCAUCUCACACUUUACCGUGUCUGACGACGGGAUUCAUAACAGUAUCUGUAAACGCUUGGAAGUCCCAGAAGAAAUUCUGAGAUGGGACCAGGAGGCCAGAGAGCGGUAUGUGGAGUACGCUAAGAGAGGAACAAAGACAGUCCACCACGCCCGGGGGAUGAUUGUAGGAUGUGCUGGGGCGGGGAAAACCACGCUACUUAAACGUCUGCUCGGAUGUAGUAAAAAAGUGAUAAAGGAAAUAAAAUCCACAGAAGGAUUGGAGGUGCAUGAGGAAAUAUUCGAUAUAGACGAUAAUACAAAAUUAUUAAAAGUGAAAUCAGCACAUAAGGAUAGCAAAAGUAAAGAAAAUAAUUCCACAAAUGUUGAAACAAAUACUCUGACGAUGUUUGACUUUGGGGGACAGUGUGCGUACUACGCCUGUCACCAGAUUUACCUGACCAGGAGAGCUUUCUAUGUUGUGGUGGUGGACGCCUCUAAACGUCUUGACCAGAAGGUGGAUAAGGAAGUUUGUGAUCAAAAUGGUAGUGUUUUCAGCGGAUGGACAUAUGGAAACUACUUCGCGUUUUGGAUCAGGUCUAUACACACAUACUGUGGUUCUGACAAUGUAAAUGACACCAAACCAACAGUCCUGAUUGUAGCGACUCAUUGGGAAAAAAGUAACAGACAGUAUAAGGAUAAAAAGGAAUUGAUGGGGAGCUUGCAACUUCAAUUCCCAAGAUCAUCUAAAUUAUCACAUUACAUCAGCGACGCUGAAUUUUAUUGUGCAAAGUUUGCUAAACCUCUCAAUGAACUGGAAAAACGUCUCUACAAGAUAGCUUCCGAGCAAAGAUGGAAUGAAAACAUUCCAAUAGAAUGGUUCAAUUUUGGUAUAGAAAUCAAUCAGAUAAAAAUUUCAGCGCGAAUCAUGAAAAUAUCGGAAAUAAAAAAGGAAGUUCCAGAGACUACUGCUCAAGGACAGAAAGGUGAAGAUAGAGUUCUAGUGGGGAAACAUGAUAUGCUGCGUUAUUAUCAUGAUGCUGGAAAAGCUCUUUAUUUUUAUGAAGAAGAUUUGAAAGAUGAAGUAAUAAUUGACGUGCAAUGGUUUGUAGACGCUUUCAAACAUAUCAUCACAGACGAGCUACAUUUCAAAGGUAUUCCUGUAACUCAAGGGGACUGGGAUGAAUAUUACGAGACUGGAAAUUUGCGAGACCGACUUCUUUUAGAAAUCUGGAAACACAAAGAUAGAGAGUUGAGCAAAGACCUUAGGGAAGAAGAAAUAUACGACAUUGUGGGAAUCAAGUUGUUUAAGAAAAGUGGAAAAUAUCUGCAAUACCACAAGGAAUCACUUCUUAAAUUUAUGCAAAGACUUGGUUUGAUGGCUGUUGGUAAGGAAUCUCACUACGUUCCAUGCAUGAAUCGCAAAGAAAUAGAAAAAGGUCUUAUAGCUCGUAUAAAAAAUUCCGAAAGUAAAUCAUCUGUGCUUGUUUAUAAAUUUGAUUUCCUGCCAUUUUUCUUGUUUUUUCGCCUUGUUGUUGCUUCUAUGCAAGAAGAUGGUUGGGAUGUCCUCGAAAAUGAUGGUUUAUCAUGCCUUUACAAAAAUGCUGCCUUGUUUUCGUAUAUGAAAUACAAUAUCGUUUUAUCUGUCUCCGAAGACUCUAUUCAACUUCAAGUAUUUCCUUCAAUGGGAGGAUAUGUUUUGGAAAGAGAAACAACAUGUAGAAUACAAGGAAGAAUAGAGCAAAUGUUGAACAAUCUGGCAAGAACCUUUCACAGAAAAAUAAAGUUUGUUAGAGGAUUCAGAUGUCAAAUGGACGAGGUUGAAACAAUUCCAAUGAAAAUUGAUAAACAUUUUUUACCAGAAACAAGAAUUCUUAAAGAGGAACGUAUAAUGGGUUGCCCUUUGCAUUCAGUUACUGCUCCGCAUAACAUUGAUACCAGUGAACUAAUGCAAUAUUGGGAGCUGAAAAAGGACACAAUUCUUUGAGACUAGAAAUAAUAUGCAACAUUACAAAUUGCUAAGCAUACUAGUAUUUUAAACCAUGUAAUUGGCUGGAAAUGACAGUCAACAACAUGAAGACUUCUACUUUAAAUUGUGUUGCUUUUUUUCAAAUUAAACAACAUCCAUUUGAAUGCCUUGCAAUUUCUCUUCACAUUGUUAGGACAAAUUUGCAUAUAUAUACUGGUUUCCUAUGUAUAAACCUGUGAGAUGUUUACCUUUGUACUUUAUAAACAUAUACUGUAUAUCAUUUAGAAGCUAUAUACAUUAAGCAUUUUCAUUUUAAAGGACAAGAUAGGGUAAAAGCCGAAUCUGGCCCCUUAUUUUAUAUAAAAAUCAUAACACUGUUAAAAUUGUGAUAGUUUGUAGUUAAGAAGUUAAAAUGAUGCUAACUUUAAGACAAG